AUGAGCAUGACCUACAAGCAGAAUGACCUCACAGAAGAGAUCUUCGGACAUCUGUGCAAUGUGGCGCUGCACAAAUGCAGUGAUAAGACGGAGAAGAAGAGAGCCGGUUGUGGUGGGAGAGCCAUGAGGAAAAGGUUCGUUGGUCCGGUACUAUUGUGACAGAAACGGACUGAGAAUCUUUCAGAGUUCUCAUCAAGAACUUUGUGUCCGACCUCUUCAAGAUGCCCAAGAAACCGACGUCGAGCAGAGAACAGGACAUGGCCUCUUCGGACGAAGAGUACGACGAUUUCGACAUGACGGACGUCUCGUUCUAUGAGGAGGAACUCGAGGACUUCAGGCUCGAGGAUCUCACCAACAGCUACGAGCAGCAGCCUCCGAUGGCUCCCAACGACCUGUGGCUGAACCAGCCGAGCAAUUUGUACGGAGGCAGUGAGAUGGGGUUCAGCGGUGUGGGCUCAGGGUACGGUUACGAGUCCUCGUCGCUCUCCCUCAUGCCGUCUUCCUACUCCGCUCCGAGCUCUGUCAACUAUCAGCCAUACGACAUGUACGGUAGCUCGAUGUCGGAGAGUGCCACCGAGGGAGACAUGCCGAUCGCUUCGGAUCCUUUGGCCAGCCUCUCUGGAAUGCUCCCGUCUUCCGAGCCGACUUCCUUUGACCCCUAUGGACAGCCGUCGUCGUCCACGAAUAACUCCUCCUAUUUCCACUCUGAUGACUUCUUCCUGACCAACGUCGCCGAGCACGUCUUCGUAAGUCGCCCCUAUCGUGAGCUGACCUUACAGUCUCUGCUUUAGGCAGACACCCAGGUGCUGCAAGAGGACACUCACGAGCUGACCGACUUGGACGUGGCUACCGGCGAGAGUCAUGCGAACAAGAACAAACGGCGAAGCACAGAGCUCUUCGACGAUUUUAACGUGUCUUUCCAGAAGCGCAUAAAAAUCUAA